AUGUCUCUCAACCGGGUGGCUUCGCUCGAGUCGUUUGGUUACGUCCGCAGCGACCACUCGUCGCGGCGAGGCUCGGACGUCUCGGUGCGGUCGCGUCGCAUCAGCUUCAACCCGCUGCCCGACGAGUGGGAUCCGCCCGACGAGCGGACCGACAACAUCCAGGCCAUCAGCGCGUUCGAGGUGCCCCAAUGGAAGCGCGUGCUGCAGGUGCUGGCCACGGUGGUCUACUGUCUGCUGGCGGCCGGCAUUGUGUUCGGCUAUGCAGCUAUCAAGCCGGUGCUUAAGAAGGAGGGCGCAUACCAGGAGCGCUGUGCGAAUGCGGGCGACCGGACCGACCGCGAGACCUGCGUCGAGAUGCACCUCAACUUCAUGUUCACCGUCGCAGCUGUGGGGACCAACGUGGCGGCGCUGCCGAUCGGCGCCAUCCUGGAUCAUCGCGGGCCGCGUCUCUGUGGUCUCCUCGGCGCCGGCUUUCUCUUCUUCGGCGCCCUGACGAUGGCCCACGCACGCGCGCUUCCCUUUGACGGCUAUCUGGUCGGCUAUCUGUUGCUGGCCUGCGGCGGCCCCUUUACGUACAUCUCGUCCUUCCAGCUGUCGAACGCGUUCCCGCGCCACUCGGGCCUGAUCCUGGCCAUGCUCACGGGCGCCUUUGACGCGUCCAGCGCGCUCUUUCUCGGCUACCGCGUCGUGUACGAGCGGACCGGCGGCGCCUUUGGCCAGCGCCAGUUCUUCUUGGCCUACCUCGUCGUGCCGGUCGCCAUCGUGGUGUUGCAGCUGACGCUGCUGCCGCGGCAGUCGUACAAGACCGUCGGCGAGCUGAUGGAGCAGAUCGAGGACGAUGUCGGGCCUGCAGCCGCGGCCGCCAGCCGCCAGCCCGUUGACCAGGUCGAUGAGCACACAGCCCUGCUGCAGGAGGAGGCGCGCGUGCGGCACGAGUCGGUCGCGGCCGAGAUCGAGGAGCUGCUCGGCUCGGCCAAGGCCGACAAGCAGGCCGUCCGCGAAGAGAAGAAAAACGAAAUCUCGGGCGUCUGGGGCGUCAUGCACAACUACACGGCGCUCGAGCAGGUCCGCUCGCCCUGGUUCGUUCUCAUCUGCUGCUUCACCGUCAUCCAGAUGACCCGGAUCAACUACUUUGUCGCCACCGUGCGGCCGCAGUACGAGGCCCUGCUCGGCUCGCAUGAAAAGGCCGUGGCCAUCAACAACUUCUUCGACAUGGCCCUGCCGCUUGGCGGCAUCCUGUCCAUCCCUUUUAUUGGCCUCUUCCUCGACAACAACAGCACGGUCUUGGUGCUCGCCGUUCUCGUCACCACGGCCACCACCAUUGGCGUCUUCGGGCUCAUCCCGCGCGAGUGGGCUGCCUAUGUCAACAUCUGCAUCUUUGUCCUGUAUCGCCCCUUUUACUACACCGCCGUGUCCGACUACAGCGCCAAGGUCUUUGGCUUUCGCACCUUUGGCACCGUCUACGGCGCCAUCAUCUGUCUGGCCGGCCUCUUCAACUUCUCCCAGUCCUUCCUUGACUACCUUUUCCACCAGGUCUUCCGUGGAAACCCGAUCCCGGUCAACGUCAUUCUGCUGAGCGUCGCCCUGGCCGUGGGCCUCGGCCUGGUCACCUAUGUGGGCGUGCAGUCGCGCGGCAUCAAGCGGCGGCUGCUGGAGCAAGAGGCCGAAGACGCCUUUAUGCACGAGUAA